ACUUGACGAAGCGUUUGGAGACUCACAUUUCACAAAACUUUCAAAAGCCCACAAGAAAAUAAGGGGUUUAAAGACACUAUGAACAUUGGUUAAAGGAAGACAUUGGAGGGAUUAAAACCAGUCCAUCACUUCUUAUCCGAAGGUAAAGUAAAACACAGAAUGGGCAACUUGGCUUCCCCGUCUCUCCCAACCAGCUUAUAUAAAUUUCGAAACGCCACCUUAAUUAUCCAUCACCCACAGCAACCCCCACCUGCCUUCCUUUCUCUUUCUCCCCUUAUCUCCUCCUUUCCCACUUUCAUGUCCCACUUUUCUGCUACUCUUCUACUUUUCCCAGACAAAACCCUCCCUCUUUUUUCUCCUAUAUGUAUUUGCUUUCAUGGGUAGAAGAGAAGCAAGCUUCUUUCGAGCAUCUUAAUAGAAAAAAUCUGUCUUUUUUUCCAUUUUUUGGUUCUUUCUUCUUAUUUUUGCGUUAGCUUAUGAGCAGGAUGACACGUUCUUUGAAAAUUCUGUCGACGGUGGCAGCUCCACCGCCAGAGAUCGUGCCCCUGGAGACUGAUUUUGUUGUGAUAUUAGCUGCUCUGCUUUGUGCAUUGAUAUGCGUGGUGGGUUUCAUUGCGGUGGCGAGAUGUGCGUGUUUC